AUUGUUCAGUUUUCAGGCUAGAUGUUUGUUGAGCAAUUAUAAUGUUACGGUCAAGGGAUGAGAGAAUGGAAAAUAUUUAUAGCAAAGCUAGAAGGAUGCACAAGGCAGUAUUUUUGAUUACCGUGUAUCCAGGUAGUUAAUGAGUCAGCAAAUCCAUUAAUAGACAUAAAUCCUCACCAAACAUUCCAGUGGAAACUCAUCCCUUGUUGCUGGAGUUUCAAAAAGUAAUGUACAUGAAUAGUAAAACAAAAAACUUCAUUUUCCAAUUCACGUAGAAAUAAAUUAAAACCUUGAUUGUAGAAUUUUAUAUUCCGUAUGAGAAUAGUGUUUUCAUAUUUUGUAUAAUAACGGGUAACUAAUCUAAUUAAAUGUGUAGUCAAUUUAAAUGUACUGUCUCAAAUAGUUUUUGGAAAUAUGCACAUUGAGAUAUUUUUUGUUUCAAUUUAGAAGCCCGGAAUCAAUUUCUGAAAUAUUUGUUGCUUAUUAUAAAAAAAGUUGUAUUUGUUUUGGAUGUUAAGGAAAAUCAUGAUUGGAGAAGGUUAUAAAAAUAUGUUUGUACGUAUCGUUGUUGAGGUUGAUUGUAAUGGGAAACAUUAUAAUUGUGUUUUAAAGCACUAGAAUGAUGUAUCAGGUUUACAAAAAUAAUUCACUGUACUUAUUUAAUCUUAAUUCUAAACAAAUUUAUCAGUUAAUUUAUUACAAACCAUUGAUGACAUGGAUAGCAAUAUUACAUGAAAAAGUAGGUAAAAUAAUUUUUAAACUGUUAUUAUCUGUAUCAAAAUAAUAAGUUAAUUAUAAUUUUGUUAAUAUUAUCUCUUGUGUGUUUUGCAUAGCACCCAAAAUACAAAAGUGAUAAUCUAUGAAGAAUUUCUUGUUCAUUUAUUGAUUUAUGAUCUUAUGAAGUAUCUGUCAGAUAAGAAACUGCACACACAGUUCAUUAAUGAAAAAAAAACAGUUUUACUCUGUGAACACUGUUAUAGCGUAAGAACAUCUGAGAUAUAUCAGGAAAAAACUUUGUAUUCUCAAAUUUUGGAAAAUAAUUUACCGUCUUAGAAUGAGUACUUACACUUUUUUUAAAUUGAUCCACCACUAUCAUGUGCUACAAUACUGAGCACUUAUUUAAAUUAUCAUACUAACUAUCACACCAUCAUACUAAAAGACAUUCACUUUUAUAAAUACAAUUUAUUUUAUAUUUAACUGUGUUGUUGUUUACAUAUUUGUAUAUGAUCUUUACACAAGCUACUUUGAUUUAAAAAUAUGUGCUAAAAAGAAUCAUACAUGAAAAAAAUCAAAACAAGCACAUUCAACAUGACACAGAACUGAAUUUAAAUACUCAAUCCAGUUUUUAGUCAUCUCAUUAUUCUGCGACAACGUAGUACAAUAAUUCACCUGAAUACAAUCUAUAAGUAAUAUAAAUUAAUUUAAAGAAUCAGUAAUGACUUACUUUCAUGAUAAAGUAUUUUGUAGUAUUAUCAAGGUUUUUAAUCAUACUCGUAGCUGAAUGUAUUUAGACUAUAUUAUAAUUAAUUAUGUUUAUUUUUUAAUUUGCAGAAGUUAAUUGCUAAAACUGCAUUUACUUUUAAGACUUAGGUAAGAUAAUGACUUGACAAUGUCAUCAGUUCUGCAUCUUUGCUAUUGAUGUAAGAUGGAAAUGUAGCAAUAAAGAUAUUUGAAUUGAAAUAAAAAUAACAUUUUGAGACAAGAGACUGAAUCACUGAGGAGCAAUCACUUUAAAUGAUUAAACUUUAUAAUGUAAGGUAUACUCUUGUUCAUACUUUACAUUGUGGGGCAAAAUAAAUACCAUAAGUAAUAAUCAAAGUUUGUUCUGUAUGUAUUGAAAACUUCAUUGGCGUAAUUUUCAUGCUGAUAAUAUGCCAUGGUGCUGAAAUGAUCAACAAUCAGUGAAUGAUAUUCACUUAUGAAGGCUAUCAGAUAGACAUUGUUUCCUGUGAGACCUGCCAGUAUGGGCCAGGCCAACCAGGCACAAUGUCCAGGAAAAAUAUCCUCAUCGUUGGCACCCUUAUUACAUUGUUUGUACUGCAAGCUGUGCGCAGAGUCAACAGGUAACCCAAAGGACAUUCAAGAAAACAUUUAUGGAAGCUCUUAAAAAGUGUUCUAAUGAAUAUAAUAGUCCAGGAGGUUUAGGAGCAACAUUCCUGACAAAUCCUGAGAUGACUAGCCACAACAGCAAAUGCUUCACAAUGUGCCUUCUAUACCAAUACAAUCUGAUAGACAAGCAAGGAAAUUUUCAAGUUCAAUCAAUGCAACCUUUCUUGAACAGUCUUCCACAAUCUCGUUUCAGAACUUCUAUAGAACAAAAUUUAAACUUCUGCUUGCAAGAAAAUUCUGCUGAAACUUGUGAUAAAGGUUACAAAUUUGUGCAAUGUUUCUACAGAAGAGCUGCCACUCCUUUGAAUGAGCCUGGUCAGCGCACAUAUAAGCCACGAAAAUGACUCAUCCAUGCAGAGACAUUCAUAGCUGUUGUGCAAUCAAUUAUAAGAACAUUAUAAAAUUAAACUUUAAUUUGUGUUGUAAGAA